CUCCCCCGCGUCCAUUUCCCAGAACCUGGUGCCAGAGGUGGCGGAGGGUCAGUCGGGUCUGGCUCAGCGGGGGUGCAGAGACUGCCUCCUCACACCCAGACGUUUGCAGGCAGCUUGCCAGCUGCUGCCCCUGGCUCUGCAGGCCGUGCUGCUCCAGAGCGCCCUGUAUUGGCGCACGCGAUGGCAAUGCCCACGCCCACCUUUUCCAGAUCCAGCGUAUGGCCCCGGGGCUGAGCACUGUGGCGCCUUGGCCGGCGGACGGGCGGGCUGCAGGCCUCCAGAAGCCCUGGCGGGCGGGGACGGACUCCCGCGCUCGGCGCUGUUGAAGUGGUGCCGAGGCUCCGGGCUGGCUCUCCCAGGGGCGAGCGUUACCCGGUGGGAUCUGCUGGCUGCAGCAGGGGAAGGAAGCCAAAUGCACCAUGAUCCUCAAGACGGGCGUGACCUGGGAGGAGUGCUGCAGCAACAGCAACGUGGACGUCGCUUGGUCCAACUACACCCAGCCAGGCAACAAGAUCAGCCUUCUGGGCUUCCUGGGACUGGUGACCUGCCAUCCGUGCAAAGAGACCUGUGAGGGGGUGCAGUGCGGGCCUGGCAAGGUCUGCAGGAUGAAACAUGGCCGCCCCCACUGCACCUGCGCCCCGGACUGCUCCAGCCUGCCCAAGAAGCUGCAGGUGUGCGGCUCAGACGGCUACACCUACCGCGACGAGUGCGAGCUGCUGACCGCCAAGUGCCGGGACCACCCUGACCUGGAAGUGAUGUACCAAGGCAAAUGCAAAACUGCGGCCAGGCCCCUCCCGGACGUGGGCGAUGCCGAAGAAAACUACGUGUGA